AUGGUCAACCACACGUUCGGUCCCGCCACCGUCGCCGCCGCCAUGGCCAACGACACCCUCCACGACCGGGGCCUGCCGCCGCUUCCCUCGUACAGCCUCGAGCCGACGGGCGACGUUUUCGGCUGGAUCUCGGACUUUUGGCUCUCCCUGCUCCUCCCCGUCGUCGUCUACUGGGUCAUGUCCCUCUUCUUCCACGCCAUCGACGUGCUCGACCUCUUCCCCCAGUACCGCCUCCACACGCCCCAGGAGAUCCUCAGCCGCAACCACGCGUCGCGCUACGAGGUGGCCCGCGACGUCAUCGUCCAGCAGGUGAUCCAGGUCUUCACCGGCGCCGCCCUCGCCUUCAGCGAGCCGGCCGAGAUGCGCGGCAAGGCCGACUACGACGUGGCCGUCUGGGCCACCCGCCUGAGGCUCGCCCAGCGCGUGCUCCCCAGCCUGCUCGGCCUGCUCGGCCUCAACGCGACGGCCAUCUCCAAGAGCGUGUCCGUUUCGCACCCGCUGCUGGCCGGGGCCCUGGCCGGCGGGUACUACCCCUUUGCCGCCGCUUCCGGGUCGUCGGCGCCGGCCUUUCUGCCCUGGGAGCUGCUGGCCGCGAGGGUCAUCUACCACCUGCUCGUGCCGGCCCUGCAGUUCCUGGUCGCCAUCUUCAUCCUCGACACGUGGCAGUACUUUCUCCACCGGCUCAUGCACACGAACCGCUGGAUGUACACCACUUUCCACUCGCGCCACCAUCGCCUGUACGUGCCGUACGCCUACGGCGCCCUCUACAACCAUCCCAUCGAGGGUUUCCUCCUCGACACCCUCGGCGCCGGCAUCGCCUUCAAGCUCACGAGGAUGACGGUGCGCCAGGGCACCUGCUUCUUCGCCUUCUCCACCGUCAAGACCAUCGACGACCACUGCGGCUACUCCUUUCCCUGGGACCCCCUCCAGCUCAUCACGAGCAACAACGCGGCCUACCACGACGUCCACCACCAGACCUGGGGCAUCAAGGCCAACUUUUCGCAGCCGUUCUUCACCUUUUGGGACACGCUCCUGGGAACAAAGUACAAGGGCCCCCGCGCCGACCGUCUCGCCGACAGGAAGCGGCGCGAAAAGGCGGUCGACGCGCGCGCCGAGAGUCGAUCGAAGCAAACGACGUGA